AUGAUUCAACCACAAUCUUAUCUUCGAGUAGCAGAUAAUACAGGGGCUCGUGAAAUAAUGUGCAUUCGAGUAUUAAGUGGUGCUAAACAACAAGCUGCUGGUAUUGGGGAUAUUAUUAUAGCUGUAGUAAAAGAUGCGGCCCCAAAUAUGUUAAUUAAAAAAUCAGAUGUUGUUCGUGCUGUUAUUGUACGGACAAGAAAAAAUGUACGUCGAAAAAACGGAACAAGUAUCCGGUUUGAUGAAAAUGCGGCCGUUAUUAUAAAUAAAGAAUCAAAUCCUCGCGGUACUCGAGUUUUUGGGCCAGUAGCCCGAGAAUUACGUGAUGGUAAUUUUACAAAAAUUAUAUCAUUAGCACCAGAAGUUUUAUAA